CCUUCAAUUGGAUGCGAUCCACGAACCAAAUCCUAAGAAGAAGCGCGAUUGUAUUGUAAACAGACGAAAAGCAUCCAUCUUUUACAGCACAGAGAAGUCUUAUUUCGGCAAAACAUCAUGGGGGCCGUUCUCGGACUGUGUUCCAUGGCGAGUUGGAUCCCCUGCCUGUGUGGCACUGCCCCCUGUCUGCUGUGCAAAUGCUGCCCCAGUGGGAAUAACUCCACUGUCACCCGACUCAUCUAUGCCUUCUUCCUCCUGUUGGGUGUGGGCAUCGCAUGCAUUAUGCUCAUGCCAGGGAUGGAAGAGCAGCUCAAGAAGAUUCCAGGAUUCUGUGAUGGGGGAAUGGGUACAUCAAUUCCAGGUGUGGAGGGUCAUGUCAACUGUGAUGUCUUGGUUGGCUACAAGGCUGUGUACCGUAUCUGCUUCGGCAUGGCAAUGUUCUUCCUGCUCUUCUCCCUCCUCAUGGUCAAAGUCAAGAGUAGCCAGGAUCCCAGAGCUACUAUACACAAUGGGUUUUGGUUCUUCAAGUUUGCUUCUGCGACUGCCAUUACCAUUGGUGCAUUCUUCAUUCCAGAGGGUCCCUUCACAACUGUUUGGUUCUACAUAGGAAUGGCUGGAGCUUUUUGCUUCAUCCUGAUCCAGCUGGUCCUGCUGAUAGACUUUGCCCACUCCUGGAAUGAGUCCUGGGUGGAGAAGAUGGAGGAGGGCAACUCUCGCUGCUGGUAUGCAGCUCUGCUGUCUGCUACAACCAUCAACUACAUCCUGUCCCUGGUGUCUCUGAUAAUGUUCUACGUCUACUACACCCACACUGACGGCUGCACUGAGAACAAGGCCUUCAUCACUGUCAACAUGCUGCUGUGUGUCGGAGCCUCGGUCAUGUCCGUCCUGCCCAAGAUUCAGGAGUCCCAGCCAAGGUCUGGGUUGCUGCAGUCUUCCAUUGUGACUCUGUACACCAUGUAUCUCACCUGGUCUGCCAUGACCAAUGAGCCAGACAGGAAAUGCAACCCAAGCUUGCUGGGUAUCAUUGGCCUCAACAACACCACCCCAGCUGGUAAGGACCACCCUGUUGUUCAGUGGUGGGAUGCCCAGGGUAUUGUGGGGCUGGUCCUGUUCCUGAUGUGUGUUCUGUACUCAAGCAUCCGCAACUCCUCCAACACCCAGGUGAACAAACUGACUCUGACCAGUGACGAGUCUUCUCUGAUUGAGGAUGGCCACCACCCUGAGAACUUUGACGUGGAAGAUGGUGAGAACCGGGCCGUGGACAACGAGAAGGAAGGAGUCACCUACAGCUACUCCUUCUUCCACUUCAUGCUCUUCCUGGCCUCCCUCUACAUCAUGAUGACCCUCACCAACUGGUACAGCCCUGACUCCAACUAUGAGACAAUGACCAGCAAGUGGCCCUCGGUGUGGGUGAAGAUCUCCUCCAGCUGGAUCUGCAUUGCCCUCUAUGUGUGGACCCUAGCAGCCCCACUCGUCCUGGUCAACCGAGACUUCGACUGAUGAUCUAAAGAAUGAGGGGGGCAAUCAUUUGCUCAUGAUCAUUUUGAAUAUUCAACUCGUAAGGUGAACAAGCUCUGUAAAUACUGUAUGUGCAUUCCCCACCCACCCUUUUUGUUAAUACACUGCAUGCAUGCUAUAGUAUUGAAUACAUGGGUGUUUUAUGUACCAUGUUUUAUCCUAUUGCAAAGUUAAAGAAUGUUUUUUGCUGAGUUGGGGUUGUAAAGGUAGCUGGGGCUUGGAGAGAUGGUCAGUGAAAGGAGGACUCUUUGUCAACUGUAAUUGACUCUGGAUAAGCGACAUUCAGAAAGAACCAUUGAUUUGUUACAAAAUGGGCAAGACUGCUUGAUGUUUGAUAAUAUGCUACACUUUGCUUUAAGUUAUGCAUAUGUAGCAAUGAAGUGCAGGGUUUCAGAUAUUAGCUCAUUGUUGUAAUCCUAGGUUCAUUUCCAUCGGUGAUGUACCAGUGGCAUAUUAUAGGCUAAUCUACCAUCAUGCUUUGCUGUGCUUUCCUUUUCAGAACAUCCUCCCAAAUUGCAAAACUGAAACUACAGCUUUCCCUUUUGUGAUCAUGCACAUCUUGUUGUAGGUCAGAUAUUAGUCUUUCAGUUUUGUGUACCUUGUUACUUAUGAUUCACACUGGAGUUAUCUUAAUGUAAAAUACUGAUGUUCAGUGGAUAAAUGAUUUUGUAGAUGCUUUAACAUACUAGAAAUGUGUAUUCAGUAUUUCCAGCAGACUGACAAUUGUUUGUGUUUUGACAUGUAUUAAAGUGCAUUGUAACCCACCUUUUAAUAAACUUUAAGGCAAAGCAUG